GUAGAUUUUAACUUUCGUAUAUAAUGACAUAUAGCAAUACAAAAAUAAUGUUUGAGUGCCGAUGAAAUACUUUUUACAUAUAUAAACAACUCUUAUAAAUUAAUAUAUAAUCUGUUUAUUUUGUAAUCUCAAUCAACUGUUACAAAACACAAGUGUUUCUUAGAAAUAACGGAUUUGACGUCAUGUUGAGCUAAAAAUUUCCAAGAAAUAAUCCAAACCAUUCAAAUAACCUUGAAUGCUUCAGCAAGCAGUUAUACAGUUGAAUGUCGUCUGAAUUUUUUGCCGGCAUUUGAUUCUGCUAUUGGUGUUGCCGCGGAAGUGUAGAUUAUUACGAUUUCGUACUGUAGUUUAUUGGAAACCAAACUGAAAACUGUCGGAAAAAAUAAAAAUGAGGGUUGCUCACUCGAGUGGCACACUGUUGCUUCUGCUGGCAACUCUCGUAAACGCAGAAGAGCCAAAGCGAGAACAGAAGAAAUUGCAGAUUGGCAUAAAGAAGAGAAUAGAAGACUGCUCCAUCAAGUCUCGCAGAGGAGAUCUUCUCCACAUGCAUUAUACGGGCACGCUGGAAGACGGUACAGAAUUUGACAGCAGCAUUCCCCGCGGCCAGCCGCUCACAUUUACCCUCGGAUCUGGCCAGGUCAUCAAGGGCUGGGACCAGGGACUCAUUGGGAUGUGUGAGGGCGAGAAGCGUAAGCUGGUGAUCCCGCCCGAUCUCGGCUACGGCAGCAGCGGCGCGCCGCCCAAGAUCCCCGGCGGAGCCACGCUCGUCUUCGAGGUGGACCUGGUGAAAAUCGAACGGAAGGAGGAGCUCUAGGGAGCGGCGAUCGGCGGGCAGGCGAGAGUGACCCGCUCGGUGGCAGAGAGAGGUAAAAAGCGGAGCUUGAGCUUGCGGGCUCAACAGUCAACACACAGUCGGCAUUAUUUCUAACGAAACAGGGGGCUGGCGUGCGUCUUUGCCUUACAGGGCAGGCGGUAUUGGGCUGGGGAUGUGAAGGGAAAGAUCUUCUAGGGUUAUGGUGGGGGAGAACUGGGCGGUGGGGUCAGUUCCAAAGUCGGCUGGGUGGGUUAUUCACUCCACUUGUCUGUGACCGUUUUGUUUUCUGAAGGGUGUGAUCGUGUGGGGGUUUAUUUCCGAUUUGUGAGGGUGAAUAUUCGUGAUACCUUUAUGCAUCAUGCAUUUACAUGCUUGCUUUCCGUUAUACCGGCAUCAUGUUUAUUUGACCAUCUGAUGAUCGUUUUUGUUGCCCGCAAGAUAACUAUAUUAAACUUGCACAUUCAGAGCAAUAAACACCAUGUGUUCUGGUACA